CCCAGUACAGACCAAGCAGGGCUAAGUGAAAGAGGGCCGCAUCAUCUACUCAGAUUUGACAUUUACUGACAAGGAAAUCACAGACAUGUUAGCUAACAAAUUUGAUUCCAAAUAGUAAUGAGUCUUUUUCUCCUGGAUCUGCUUUUUAUUUUACAGAAUUUUUUUUUCAUACAGAAGGUUAAAAAGUGACCUAAUCUACGGUAACAACUUUGGAUUUUGACAUUAAAUUGGGUGAGGAUUAUGAAACCAUACUCCAUGCUCUUCUUGUAGACACCCUAGAAGAACCGUGUCAUCUUGGUCUUAAAACACCUGCAAGAAAGGGCACAGUGCUUUUCCAUUAACAAAGCAGAUACUUCAUCCUGCUCUGAAAACAAACACAAUGGCUUUACUCCCUGUUGUGCUCUUUCUGGCUGCUGUGCUGCUACCAUCUUUCCCCACCGAAGCAAAGGAUCCAUCCUUUACUGCGCUGUUAACCACUCAAACGCAAGUCCAAAGAGAGAUUGUAGAUAAACACAAUGAACUAAGGAAAUCAGUCUCUCCACCUGCCAGCAACAUGCUAAAGAUGGAAUGGAACAGAGAAGCAACAGCAAAUGCCCAGAAGUGGGCAAACAAGUGCACUUUAGAACACAGUAAUCCAGAUGACCGGAAGACCAGUACAAAAUGUGGUGAGAAUCUCUACAUGUCAAGUGACCCUACUGCCUGGUCAGAUGCAAUCCAAAGCUGGUUUGAAGAGCAUCACAAUUUUGUCUAUGGUGCAGGACCAAAGAGCUCCAGUGCAAUUGUUGGACAUUAUACCCAGCUUGUUUGGUACUCAUCUUUCCGUGUUGGAUGUGGAAUUGCCUACUGUCCCAAUCAGGAGAGUCUAAAAUACUACUAUGUUUGCCAGUACUGUCCUGCUGGUAAUAAUGUGAGUAAAAAGAAUACCCCUUACCAACAAGGAACACCUUGUGCCAGUUGCCCUAGUAACUGUGACAGUGGACUAUGCACCAAUUCCUGUGAGUAUGAAGAUCUCCUUAGUAACUGUGAUUCCUUGAAGAAAACAGCUGGCUGUGAACACGAAUUGCUCAAGGAAAAGUGCAAGGCUACUUGCCUAUGUGAAGGCAAAAUUUACUGAAAUGCCCAAUUUGCAUUGUGCAGGACUAAGUUGAGGAAAUCUGCACCAUUUAGUUGACACAUACCAAGAGGGAAAUUGUAGGCAUGUUAGUUACAAAUUUGAUUCCAAACAGUAAUGAAUCUUUUUCUCCAGGAUAUUUACAGAGAUCUCUUUCAUAGGAUUUACAAAAGUAAGCUAGUCUAUGACAACAACUUUGGACUGAUACAAAUUUGUCACCUUACAUUUAAUUAACUGAAUAGAGUUGAGAAUUUUGAAAGUUGUACAACCACAGGACUUAGUCACUAGAACUUUGGAUUAAAAUAAAGAAUUACAUGUUUCCUGAAACAACAUGCCAAAAAAAAAAAAAAAGACUGUAACAUUGUCAUUCCUACUCCAAGAUUUUUUACAUGUUUAAAGAAUGAAUUCAAAGAUUGACAUCUACCUUUGUCUUAUGACAUCCUCUUUAAAUAAAAGCAAACAGCUUUUAAAAUAAAGAAUUUAUCUAAGCAAA